UAAAUAGAUUAAUAUCUUCUGAUUUCAUGUGUUUUUUUUUCCUAUCUUUAACCCUUUAAUACUCCAUUGCAGUAUAUUGUGUUUUUACCUGACAUUGACACUAAAACUAUACCUUCUCGCUGAUGAGUUUGUAUUUUGACAAACUUAAUGAGCUCAGAAUGUCUGAAAUGGGUUUGGCUGCAGCACUAGAUCUUAUUAUGAAUACAUAUGUUCCAGGAUCAAAGCUAUUCAAAUAUCUCUACAGCCAAAACAUAAGCACUUCACUGUCCUUUGUGAAAUGGAUAAAAGGUUGACGUUUUUUGUUACAUUGUCAUGUCACAGAGAACAUGGACUACCUGCCGGAUGACAACUCCAGGUACAAAGACAUUGACUAUUGGGAUGAAAGAUACAAGACGGAGCAGUGUUUUGACUGGCUGGGCAGCUUCUCCAAAUUCCAGCAUCUUCUGGAAAAACACGUCCACAAAGAAGACUCUAUUCUGAUACUCGGUUGCGGAAACAGCAGCAUGAGCGGUGACAUGUACAGUGCCGGCUACCACUCCAUCACCAACAUAGACUACUCCUCUGUGUGCGUCAGUACGAUGAGUGCCAGGUACAGCGGCUGCCUGGGUAUGACCUGGCAUCAGAUGGACGUGCGCCAGCUCUCCUUUCCCGAUGCGUCCUUUGACGUCGUCAUAGAGAAGGCCACGCUGGAUGCCAUCAUGGUGGGAGAGAAGACGCCUUGGGAGGUGUCCCCUCAAGCUGCCGUUUUCAUUCACCAAGCACUCACAGAGGUUAGACGCUGCUUGAAGCCUGGAGGACGAUUUGUCUCUAUAACCUUCGCCUCACCCCUCUUCAGGAAACGCCUCUAUGCUCGCACAGAGUACAACUGGUCGAUUAAGAAGUAUGGUUAUGGAGAAGGCUUUGAAUAUUUUAUGUACGUCAUGACCAAAGGAGAGGCGCUAAGCCCAGAAGAUGCAGCUCUAGAGAAAAAGCUACUGGAGGACACCAAAUCCCCGCCUACCACGAUUGUCACAAUGCAAACUAAAGACGAGGAAGACUUCCUGUUUAAUAUUGACUUCUAGGAAUAGAUUAACUCUGAGAUUCAUAAGUAAGCUCUAUACUGUGACAAUGACCAAAGAAACUCAAACUUCUCCACGGUCACAAAUGCAACAGAAACGGCCUUCGUGACCACAAAUACCUUACAGUUAUGUAAUUUUAUAAGAAUGAACUGUUGUGUAUUUUUAGUUGCGGUUUAUGUCGGGCACAGAUGUUCACAUCUGUGAGGAUGGAUUGUUUUAUACAGGAUUUAGACUAUGCACCACCAGCCACACUCGAUACAAGUAAAAUACAAAUAACUUUCUGUCACGAUAGCGAAUAGUGACCAAAUAUACAUUCAAAUCUUUGUGGUGAAUUCACCAUCAUUUGCAGUUGUUACAUUUCCAAAGAAGAGUUGGAAACAGUAGCACAAUAAUCAUGUUUGAAACUAAUCAAAAGAAACCGUGUGGUACUUAUUUAGACUAUUUACAACAUUUACACAAGUGUAUUGGUCAUUCAUUCAGUUUGUGAUUACUGUGGACUAUGACUCAUCGUGUUUCUGUCUGUGUCAUAAUUUUCAGAAGCUGCUACCAUCAGCUUCUGUUGUGGUGCAGGUCAUAAUAGAAACUUUUAUCUUUGAAAAAACAAUUUUACAUCCCAGUGUUCUUAAUUGUUCUGUCUGUCCAUACAUCAGUCUCUAUGGUGCCGCACAAGUCUGCCCAUGUGGCAAAAAUUUGCAAGACAAACUGGCACGUCGAGACACGGUACAUAACAGCGGCGCUGUCCUGCAUGUUCAGUCAGUGUUAAAGUCUAUUUAUGUGUCAGUCGAUUUCUCCCCUUCUGGGUUGUCUGCACCUGGACCAUGUCUGCUUUAGACUCCAAACAAAAGCUGCUCAGGGAGACAUGCAGAGUUUGAAACCAGCCAGCACAUACAAGUAACAGCCCACCCUGCGUGUUAUCUGUUGAGGAAACAUGAGAUGAGUCUCGGGUCCUGUGCUCUCUGCUGCUUAAAUUUAGACCUGAAAGAGAGAGCCAGGCAUGCAGACAGGCAGGAAGGCUGGUGACUGGAAGGGGGGGGGACCACAUUGAUAAAGUAGAAAUCAUUUAUUUUUAAUUCUCCACUGAGAUCUAAUUACUGCCUAUUUUUAAG